AUGGGCGACACGGUCCCUACAGAGGAGGGUGCACAGUCCAGAGAGCCCUCAGAACUAGCAAAUGUGAUUCAUGACGCUGAACCAGUCUGUGGCGAUGAGAUUUACACAUAUUUUGGCCGACGUGUGAUAGAGCACAAAACACAUUCGGGAGAAUCGAUAGCCAUCAAGGUGAUGGCGCCGGAUCGUCAGAAUCCGAAAGGCAGCAACAGGACGGAGGCCGACAUGAUGCAUUACGCCUCGACAAACGGGGUGCUAGCCCCUAAAGUGCGCGCGCUCUAUGACAUAUACACAGACAAUCCAGUCAGGCCUGCUGGAUGCGCCAUGCUCAGCGAUCUGGUCCCAGGCGUGCCUCUUUUCGACGUCUGGCAUGACCUCAGCGACACCGAAAAGUCCAGCAUGGUGGCCCAGCUGCACGAGCAGAUGGCUCGCAUACGUGCCUGCACACAACCUUACAUUGGCCGUGUAAACAACCGGCCCACCCGGAAUCUCUGUAAUCGCCUUCCAACGACCUAUUGUGGGCCUUUUCCCAGUGAAGAGGCGUUCGGUAACUGGUGUCUGGAACGAGUCCCUGUGGGGUUCUUUGGGUUAGCACACUGGAAAUGGCCACGGUGGCUCGAGAAAGAGCGGCGCAAAUCCUCGGGCAAGUUCGUGCUGACUCACGGGGAUCUUUCGCCGCGCAACAUCAUGGUUAAAGACGAGAAUAUCGCAGGCAUUGUUGACUGGGAGAGAAGCGGUUUCUUCCCGGAGUACGCAGAGUACGCAUUCGCGAUGAAGCUCUGCCAUAAAUUCCAGAGCAGUGAGAAAUGGUGGGUUCCGGUUCUGAAGGAAGUGCUGCAGCCUUGCUCAGAGCAGAGGCUGAAAUUUACGAAGCUGGUGGAAGACAAAGGAUGGUAG